AUGGGCAGGGAGGCGUCCUAUGGGUGGAGGGCACGAUUCAUGAACCCUGAUGAACGAGGUAAAGUGAGCGUGACCAAGAACAUGCCGUCCGCCACCGGCGUUGUUUCCGAUGACGUAUCUUGCGGUGCUGCUCCAAGGGAUGUCAUGCCGAGUGUCGACAUCGUGGAGAAGCAAGAGACAAAGGCGUAA